AGGCGAAUUAAACAGCCGAGCGUGUCUGAGGAGAAAUUGAGCUCGGUUUCGGAAUCAAAUGAUUCAGACCGUGGGCUCCUGACACUUUUUCUAAAUUUCCUUUCUCCCUGUUUCCCUCCACUUGGAUUAUUCCCCCUCCCCUAUACACAGAUUUUUUUUUCGCUAAAGGAAGCCGUAUUUGUUUUAAAAGCCCUCUCUUGAACAUCGGCUGCCCACCCGUCAUUUCGGCCACAGGCCUCGGGCUCGGAUCACUCUCAUAAAAGGUAAAAUGUCCAGCGACAGACAGAGGUCUGAUGACGAGAGUCCGAGUACGAGCAGUGGGAGCUCGGAUGCCGACCAGCGUGACAACCCGCAGGAGGAGAGGAAAGAGCCAUCCUCACAGCAACAGCCGAAAAAGAAAGACCCCAAGGUAUCCAGCAAAACAACGGCAAAACUCUCCACCAGCGCUAAAAGAAUUCAAAAGGAACUGGCUGAAAUCACACUAGAUCCGCCCCCGAACUGCAGUGCUGGUCCAAAAGGUGAUAAUAUAUACGAGUGGCGAUCCACCAUUUUAGGCCCCCCUGGUUCAGUUUAUGAGGGAGGAGUUUUUUUUCUGGACAUCACUUUCUCAUCUGAUUAUCCAUUCAAACCACCAAAGGUAACAUUCCGGACCCGAAUCUAUCACUGCAAUAUCAACAGUCAGGGAGUAAUCUGUCUGGAUAUUCUGAAAGACAACUGGAGUCCAGCUCUGACCAUUUCAAAGGUUCUACUUUCUAUUUGCUCACUUCUGACAGACUGUAACCCAGCGGAUCCUCUAGUUGGGAGCAUAGCAACCCAAUAUUUGACCAACAGAGCAGAACAUGACAGGAUAGCCAGACAGUGGACCAAGAGAUACGCAACAUAAGUUACAUCACUUCCUGUGCUGUGAAAAAGGAGCAGGAGGCAUUAUUUACAAUGUGCAACAAUUCUUUAUAGCCUUUACAAUAUGGACUUCUGUGUAUAUGUUAUACUGAUUCUAAUCUCUGCUUUUAUCUUUUGAAGAUUGGGACAAGACCCUGUAAAAGGUAAAUGCUAUUGAAGUAGAUCUUUGUAGCAGUAGAUUAGUUAUGUUUAAAUGCCUACUUGCAAGUCUGCUUCUUUGAGAUAUGAAAAUGUAUUUUGUGAUGUAAUAAGGAAAAUGUUCCUCAAGUCAACCAAAUAUAAUGGUGCAUUUUAGCCUAAUCCAUUAUCUGUAUGAAAUCUAUGAUAGCUGUAGAUUAUUAGAAUUUUGGCAUUCGUAUUAGACUCAGUUCCAUUUCUGAUCAUGUGGUACAUGCUGUUGUGAAUCCGUUUUACCUUUUGUCAAUUUGUAAUGAAGAGAUUUCAUUUAAAACUUUGUAGCUCUAAAUAAUGAGCACCUGAUGUAUCAUCUCAAAACACAAUAAACUUGUUU